UUAUCAAAUACAGUUAAGGAUAAAGAUGCUUUUGAUCUUUUUGAGGUGAAUAUUCAAAUCUUGCAUAUGGGAGUAAUAAACAUAUCCGCGCAUAAACAUAUCCUAAUCGUCCCUCUCCACACACAUGCGCUGUAUCCAGCUGUGGAAUUGGAGAAGUGGGGCUACAGGGCGGAGAAAAUGGGGAAAGGAAACUAAAUGGAGAGGAAGGAGGUCCCAGGAGGUUUUCGCCGAGCACGACAUGGAGAGAAAGUGAGAGAUUUUACUUUAAGUCUCCAAGCAGCUCCCCUUCGAAGGCGCAGCGGUUUGCUGUUGGGAUCGCGAUAAACAGAAAGCGAACAGAGCUGCUCUGUGUCAGGCUCGAGGAGAGAUUCAGGGGAAGUUUUCAGAGGAAACGAGAAAGUGCCGGACGGUAGCGAGCGGAGGAGGUCUGUUGCUGAUUCGCACUGGGAGAAAGCGGGGAAAACAGAGACAGCUCUGUUGCGCGGAUUUUAAUGAAAUACUGCAACUGUCGGACAAACGCCUGCAAUCCCUAGCUACACUGAGUUAGAUGCGUUUGACUUUAAGAUGCGGAGCGACCCCAUACUGUUCGCCUCGAGGGCAAUGGAGGAGUUGUUGGCAGAGUUGCGGGUCUUUCUGGAGUUGUUGGACAGAGAAUAUUUAACUGCUGGGGUGAGAGAGAAGAAACAGCAAAUAUUAAAUAUCCUGCACAGAGUUCUAGCCACUAGAGAGCCCUCAUGUAAGACAGAGAUACACACCUCUCUCCCGGCCCCUCCUCAGAUGCCCCUACCAGAGAUUCCUCACCCCUGGAUGCCUCCAGACAACGGGCCUCCUCCCUUGCCGAGCUCCUCUCUUCCUGAAGGUUAUUAUGAGGAAGCCGUUCCGCUGAGCCCUGGGAAAGCACCAGAGUACAUCACCUCUAAUUAUGACUCGGAUGCCAUGAGUAGUUCAUAUGAGUCAUACGAUGAGGAAGAGGAGGAUGGGAAGGGGCAGAAGAUGCAUCACCAGUGGCCAUCUGAGGAGGCCUCCAUGGACCUGGUGAAAGAUGCACGUAUCUGUGCAUUCCUGUUGCGAAAGAAACGCUUUGGACAAUGGACCAAACUGCUCUGUGUCAUAAAAGACAACAAACUAUUGUGCUACAAGUCAUCCAAAGACCAGACUCCACAGAUGGAGCUCCUCCUGUCUGGCUGUAGCAUCACACACAUUCCCAAAGACGGCAAGAAAAAGAAGCAUGAACUGAAGAUCGUCCAUCAGGGAGCUGAUGCUCUGGUGCUUGCCGUACAGAGCAAAGAACAGGCCGAAGAGUGGCUAAAGUCUUUAUUCGAUAAGUUCUCUCCAUGUAGCUCCUCUGUUCUGAUCCUUUGGACAGGCCUGGGGAAAUUCCACCUCCUAUCUUUCUUCAUCCCUUCGUUCUUCUUUCUUCUAUAUUUUUGGUCAUUUAACUCUCCUCUGCCCUUGGCGGGAAUGGUGAUGAAGGAAGUCUGCUCUAACGGAAAUGGAGUGGUGGACUGUGACGGAAAUGGCUCUGGUUCCCCAGUUCACAAAGCAGAGCUGGAAAAGAAGCUGUCCUGCGAUCGACCCAGUUCAGAUGGAGAGCCCUGUCAUGAAAAUGGAAUCUCGGAUGGCAAAGAUCCAGCCAAAGGCAAGAAGAACUCUAAAUCAGAGCAGAAAGGCACAGUGGGACGUGUGACUGGAAAGAAAAUCACUAAAAUCAUAAGCCUGGGCAAGAAAAAACCAUCUACAGAUGAGCAGACCUCAUCGGCGGAGGAGGAUGUCCCAACAUGUGGCUAUCUGAAUGUGCUGUCCAAUAACCGCUGGAGAGAGCGCUGGUGCCAGCUAAAAGACAACCAGCUGUUGCUGCACAAGGACCGGGCAGAUCUGAAGACACACAUGGCCUCUCUGCCGCUGCGGGGGUGUGAGGUCAUUCCAGGGCUGGACUCCAAACAUCCCUUUGCCUUCCGUCUGCUGCGCAACGGACAGGAGGUGGCUGUUCUGGAGGCCUCCUCCUCUGAGAGUAUGGGAAGGUGGCUGGGGGUCUUGCUGGCCGAAACGGGCUCCACAACAGAUCCUGCUGCUCUGCACUAUGAUUACAUUGACGUUGAAACCACUGCAAAUGUCAUUCAACUGGCCAAGCAGUCAUUUUGUUUCACCAGUAAGCGUGCAGUUUCACCAAACCGAUACCUGGAUAACCCGGUCAAUGGUUACGCCUGUCCCACAGGGGUCGCUCUGCAUUAUGAUGAUGUGCCCUGCAUCAAUGGAUCACUACCAGAUGCGCAUUACUCCUCCAGGAGUUCUGGGGACCGUCGGUGGAAAGAAGAGUCUCAUUAUAAGAAUACAGAUCUUUAUGAAAACAUGCCCUCCCCCAAACUAGCAGCCCGCUACUCUCCCAAAUCCAUCCACUCGCAGUCAUCUUCCACAGUGCAUUACAACACACCACUCUCCACCAAAACUCUGUCCUCUUCCUCCUCUCCCUCAGCUUCUAAUACUAAAACUAACCAGCUGAAGGGAAAGAAAGGCCUUAUCACCAAUGGGUUCGCUGCAAAGCAGAAGUUGGACAAGAACCAGCCCAAAAAGGCCAAUGGAUUUAGCAGCACUCUUCCAGUGAAACACAACAACUCUAGUGUGGACCAGUAUAAGUACGGGAAAAACAGAGUGGAGGCAGAUGCCAAGAAACUCCAAGCUAAAGAGGAUGAGCUGAUGAAGAGGAAGCAGGAAAUUCGAACCCGCCUGGCCCAGCUGAAAAAAGACAGGAAGGACCUCCGCACUGCUAUAGAGAACAACACAGGUAAGCGUUCUCAGGCAUCUUUGACAGAGAAACUUAAGAAAGUGGAGGAUGAAUGCAAACUAAAAGAGGAGGAACGAGUCAAUCUGGAACUGGAGCUGACAGAGGUGAAGGAGAGUCUGAAGAAAGCCUUGAAUGGAGGCGUCACACUGGGCCUGACCAUUGAACCCAAAACAGGCAGCUCCAGCCCACAGUCUCCAGUGUCAAUGAGGCGAACGGUGGACAACUCGCCCAUUUCCAGCUGUGACACCAGUGACACUGAAACCUGCUCUCUGCCAGUCAACAGUGCAUCUCUGCUGCGGCGUCAGACACAACAGAAAGCCUCACCUGUGCGAGGACACGUCCUCAGGAAAGCCAAGGAAUGGGAAAUGAAGUCUGGCACAUAAGUUCUUUUCCACCAACUUUUCACUUUUGUUGUAUCUAUUUAUUUAAUUUUGUCCAUAUAUGAGUGAUGUUGAAAUUGAAUUGAACCAUAGACACACUAUUUUCCAGAAUUAAUUCUGGAAGACCUUGACUGAGUCCGAUGCCCGGUGCUGUUUUAUCAUUAUUCAUUAUAGCACUAUCCUUGGAUCAUGAUCUGACUAUAAAGUGACUAACAAAUGAGGAAAAACUUAAAAUAGACACCAAAUAGAGGCCAACAGUAAUGCCACAAUACCAAAUGUAUAUAUACUACCGUUCAAUAUUUUGGGGUCAGUACUUAUUUUUUUUUUUUUAUAUACUUUUAUUCAGCAAGGAUGCAUGAAAUGGAUCAAAGGUGACAAUAAAGGC